AUGUUGGCUAGCACCGCCCGCUUGCUGCGCAUCAAGCCACUCCCGGCCAGCGAGAUCCCACGUAUCUUGGAAGCUACGCCGGCAUCUCCACAACCGCCUCGUGAGCGCAUUCAAAAAGUCGCCGAGCAGCUGAUGGCGAUGCCAGAUCGCCCGGCGAAUUUGCGUGUUGAGCCGUUUGUUCACCGCAAGACCAAGUACUGGAAGGUCUCGGAAGCGGAACGCACCGUCCUGCAGAAAGAGCUGCGUGAAGCGUAA